CAACAGCGUCAACAGGCUUCUGAUUCGACCACCUAGGUAUUUUGCUAGCAAAAAUAAAAACGAAACAUUGAAGCUCUUUAGACCAAUUUUGUGUACAUUAAUCUUAGUAUUUUGAACAUAAUUAUGUUUACGUAUCUACUGGUUAAUUUAAACGUAAUGUACAUUUUGCAAAUGUGUUCAAUUGAUACUGAGUCUAGCACUUGGCUAAUGCUAGCUAGUUAGCUAACAUCACCAUGAGCUCACUAAGCUACUUCUCCCCUGCUAAAGAAGAGGAGGUCUGCUGGACGGAGAAAGAAGCACUGGGGCUGAACAUUGUCGUGAAAGAAGAGCAGGAGGAUAUUACAGUGAAAAGAGAGGAAGAAGUUUUCACAAUAAAACAGGAGGAAGAGGAGGAUAUCACAUUGAAAGAAGAAGAGGAUGUUAAGGUGAAAGAAGAGAAGGAACCUUUUGGGCCAGAAGAGGGGAUAGAGGCUGUCAUAGUGGAAGAGGAGGAGGUAGAAGCUUUCAGAAUUAAAAAGGAGGAAGAGGAAGAUAUCACAUUGAAAGAAGAAGAGAAUAUAGUGAAAGAAGAGGAAGAACCUCUUGUUAUCUCAAUAAAAGAGGAGGAAGAGGAGACUGAAGAUCCUGUUAACACCAGAGAGAGACCAGACUCUCAUUCUGAUAGCGGGAAGAGGCCUUCAGGGGAACCAGAGCCAGCGACGCCCAAACCAGUGAGACGACACCACUGCUCCCACUGUGGAAAGAGUUUUGCCCGGUUAGGGAACCUGAGCAUGCAUGAGAGAAUACACACAAGAAAGAAGCCACAGUCUGGAGAAAAGCCUCAUCAAUGUUCUGAAUGUGGAAAUACUUUUAGUCGGUUAGGAAACCUGAAAAGGCAUGAGAAGACACACAAAAGUGAGAACCCAUACCACUGUGCACAGUAUGAAAAUUGUUUUUUCUCAUCAUGGGGCUUAAAAAAGCAUGAGGAAACACACUCUGUAGAGAGGCCUUUCCAAUGCUCCCAGUGUGAAAAGAAUUUUACCCAAUUAGCGCAGCUGAAAAUCCAUGAGAGAAUACAUUCUGGAGUGAAGGCUUACCACUGUUCCCAGUGUGGAAAGAGUUUUAUCCAGUUAGGGAACCUGAAAUUACACGAGAGAAUACAUUCUGGAGUGAAGCCUUACCACUGUUCCCAGUGUGGAAAGAGUUUUACCCAGUCAGGGAACCUGAAAAUGCACGAGGCAACACACACCGGAGAUAAACCUUACCACUGUUCCCAGUGUGAAAGGAGUUUUUUCUCAUCAGGGGCCCUGAAAAAGCAUGAAAAAACACACUCUGUAGAGAGGCCUUUCCACUGCUCUCAUUGUGGAAAGAGUUUUACCGAGUUAUGGAAGCUGAAUAUCCACGAGAGAAUACACUCUGUAGAGAGGCCUUUCCAAUGCUUCCAGUGUGAAAAUAAGUGUUUUUCAUUAAAUUCCCUGAAACAACAUGAGAGAAUACAUUCUGGAGUGAAGCCUUACCACUGUUCCCAGUGUGGAAAGAGUUUUACCCAGUUAGAGAACCCGAAAAUGCAUGAGACAAUACACACCGGAGAGAAACCUUAAGACUGUUCUCAGUGUGAAAAGAGUUUUAACUUGUCAGGUGAACUGGAAACGCAUUAGAGAAUACAUACAGGAAAUAAAUCACACACCAUAAUGCUGUAAGUAUGGACAGAGGUUUACCCUAUUAGCAAGCUUUGUUAAAAAUAUAAAUACAAUCUUAACUGUGUGUGUGUUUGCAUUUGCGUUUCUGUGUAUGUGUAGGAGAGUUAAAAUUGUUAUUUCAUCAAAUGUCAAGUUAUUCCUAUUUAGAACCAUAGAACAGAACACCCAGGUCAAGGGUUAGUGGCCCACAAACAGGAAUAUUCCCAGUUCAGACAGAAGGUGGAACCAGAUUGCUAUGAUCACCAGGAACUUUACUUCUGGUUUAUUUGUUUUUGUUGAUCUUCUAGUACUGCCUGAUGAUGUUUAAGAGGCAGCCUCACCCAUUGCUGAUGGGUGUAUAAAAUCAAGCACACAGCCAUCAAGCACACAGCCAUCUCCAUAGACAAACAUUGGCAGUAGAAUGGCCUUACUGAAGAGCUCAUUGACUUUCAACGUGGCAUCGUCAUAAGAUGCCACCUUUCCAUCAAGUCAGUUCGUCAAAUUUCUGCCCUGCUAGAGUUGCCCCGGUCAACUGUAAGUGCUGUUAUUGUGAAGUGGAAACGUAUAGGCGCAACUACGGCUCAGCUGCUAAGUGGUAGGCCACACAAACUCACAGAAUGGGACCGCCGAGUGCUGAAGUGUGUAAAAAUCGUUUGUCCUUGGUUGCAACACUCACUACUGAGUUCCAAACUGCCUCUGGAGGCAACGUCAGCACAAGAACUGUUCGUCGUGAGCUUCAUGAAAUGGGUUUCCAUGGCCGAGCAGCCACACAAGCCAAAGAUCACCAUCCGCAAUGCCAAGCUUUGGCUGUAAUGACGUAAAGCUCACCGCCUUUGAACUUUGGAGCAGUGGAAACGCGUUCUCUGGAGUGAUGAAUCGCGCUUCCUUACUAAUGAAUCUGGCAGGCUGAUGGAAAAAUCUGGGUUUGACGGAUGCCAGGAGAACGCUACCUGUCUGAAUGCAUAGUGCCAACUGUACAUUUUGGUGGAGGAGGAAUAAUGGUCUGGGGCUGUU